GAAAGACAAAAAACAACAAGAAAAAUGAUCAAACAAGAGCUACGAAUGAAAUUGGAACAACGACGACGACGACGACAACAACAAAAUGUUAAUCUUCCGUCAACAACAGCAACGACAUCAUCAUCAUUGUUCAUCAAUGAACAAUCAAAACAGAAACGAUGGUCAACGAAUAGCGAAAAAUCCACAUCAUCAUCAUCAACAACAACAACAACUAAAAUGGUGACAAAAAAUGGUCGAAUAAAUAAUAAUAAUCGAAUUCUAUGCAAUGAAAUCCUAUGUGAUUGGGAUGAAUAUUGUUUCAUUAUUAAUGAUGAUGAACAAUAUGGUGGCCAAGCUGAAUGUGUUAAAAAACCAAAUGUAUUGAAUAAUAAUGUUGUUUAUAAACAACAAAACAAUAAUCAUUUCAAUAUUUACAAUGAAGAAAAUGAUAAUGAUGAUGACAUCAAUGAUGACGGCGGCGGCGGCGACGACGACGGCGAUGAUGAUGAUGAUGAUGAUGAUAAAGAUGACUACGACGCCGAUGAAGAUGAUAAUGAAACCAAGACAGAUAAAAUCAAUGAUAAUGAUGUUAAAUAUUUUCCGGAAGUUUACAAAACUACUACUACUACCAAUGUAAAAUAUUACCAUCAAGCACAACAUCCGUCUACAACUAAACAACAGCAGCAUUUAUUUUCAUCAUCAUCUUAUUUACAGAAAAAAUUGAAUGAAACAAACAGCAGCAGCAGCAGCAGCAGCAGUGACAACGGCAACAACAACAAAAUUAAGCAAAAAAACAACAAGAAUAAGACUACUUUAACAGGAACCAAGAACAACAAUAGCAGCAAUAGUAGCAAAAAAAAUAAUCGAAAUAAUAAUCCAAAUAAUGAUGAUGAUGAUUCUGCUGCUACUGCUAUAUGGAAAACGAUUUCAUCUAAUCAAAUUAAGGCCAUACAUCACUAUGAACAUUAUGAUGGCAAUCAACUAAAACCAGAACAACAACCUAAACAACACCAACAACAGCAGCAGCAGCAGCAGCGAACAAAUAUUCGAAAUGAAUUUGAACACCAACAACAACAGCAAAGAAAUAAUAGUUAUAACAAAUCGAAUAACAACAUCAACAUAAUUCAAUGUCCAUCCUGUCCAUUUAGUCAUGGUUCACAAGUAAUUUGUGGUACAGAUAAUUCAACAUAUUCAUCAAUGUGUAGGAUUGAAUUCCAUAAUUGUAUCCAUGGUACGGAUGUACGUUUCGCUUGUUUUGGAUUCUGUCCAUGUUCAAAAUUGAUUCAAACAAAAAUGAGAGCCUCGACAACAGCAACAACAACAAAAACAGUACCAAAAACGUCAACGACAACGGCUGCUAAGUCAUCAAAAUUAAAAAGAAAAAAUUCCAUCAAUAAAAUGGAAGAAACACAAAUCGCACUAAUGAAACAAUCUAAAAAUUCAUCCAAUCUAUUGAACAAAGAUUCAUUGAAACAAUAUCAUUAUUUUAUUGGUGAUUCAAUGACAUCAAUGAUGAAAAACAAUUCUAAUAAUAUUGAAAAAGUGAAUCGAAUGAAUGAAUGUUCAUCCGAUGAAUUACGUUCGAUGGGAUUUCGAUUACUUGAUUGGUUUUCUGUUGUUAUGCAAGAGGAAUUAACACGAAUCAAAUCCAAUAUGACAAACACAUUGAUUCCAAAACAACAGCAACAACAACAUGCAAAUACAAAUAAUAAUGAUAAUAAUAAAAAUCUACCGGAUUGUGAAGAAUCCGUGUCAUUCAUGUUUUAUCAUUUUGAUAUUGAUAAUAAUUAUAAAUUAACACCCGAAGAGCUAUAUUAUCUUGAACAUGAUGAAAAUGAACAUUGCCUCGAACCAUAUCUAAUACAAUGCGAUGAAAAUGGUAAUCAUCUAUUGAGCGCCUAUGAAUGGUGUUCAUGUUUUAGUUUACGUUCCAAACCUUGUCUAUAUCAUCAGAAACAUCUUAUACAACAAAAUAAUGGUAAAAUGGCUGGACAAUAUUUACCACAAUGCGAUGAAAAAGGCCAUUAUCGUAAUAUACAAUGUCAACAUUCAACAAAACAUUGUUGGUGUUCAGAUAAGAAUGGUAAUGAAAUUGCUGGAACAAGAGUUCGUGGUCGCCUUCCUGUCUGUGACAAAAGUUACCCUCUGAAUAGAUAUUAUAUGAUGAAUAAACAGAAAACGAUUAGCAAUAACAAUGAUAGAAAUAAUAUGAAUAGAAAAACAAUAAAUCAACAACAACAAAAACGGCCAUCAUUUUCAUCAUACGUUGAAAAUCUUGAUCAUAUCAAAUAUUCUGUUCAUAAAAAUGACAAUGGAAAUGGUGAUUACAAUGUUAAUAAUAAUAAUAAUAAUAAUAAUGAUGACGAAGACGACGACGACGAUGAAGAUGAUGAUGAUGAUUCAUUUCAAACCAAUGAUGGUUCCGGACAUUACGAAUCAUUCUGAUAUAUGACUACAUAUUCUAUAUUGAGAAAUUUUUUUUUGUUUGUUUGUUUUCUUUUUAUUUUGUCCUUUUCGAUACAUUUUUACCAAUAUUCAUCCAAAUAACAAUACAACAUUCAUACAUUCAGCACUUAAAUUUUUACAACGCCAUACCAGCAGACACACCUAUACUAUACUAAUAUUCUGUAUCGAAUACGAUUGAAGAUAUGUUCAUCGGAAAAAAAUUCACUAACAAUACACAAGAGAAUAUUGCUGAAGAAGAAAAAAGAACAAAAAUAGCCAUCAUUUCUUUGCAUACAACUUUUCAGGUUGAUUACAUCAUUUUUCACUAUUCUUCAUUCACGGUUUUUAUUGGUUCAUGUUCAUGUAUCAGUAUCAUGAAAAAAAAAAAUGAAAACCUUUGAACAUGAACAACAAAAUUUAAUUCAAGUCUUCCAUAUCGAUGAAUAUG